AGCGAAGUGUCCCACGGUACUCUGAUACUUAUUUCUCCCUAGGUCCUCACGUGUGCCUCAAAGUGCAGCCCUUUUAUUUUCCGUCUGACACUCUGGAAGGUUCCAGAGUCACUGCCGCAUGCUCGUUACUGAAAGUAUCGAGUAAUACGAUCUUCAAGUGGGCUAAAAAUGGCAGAGCCUUGGAGGAAACAGAUAGUCGCUUCUCAGUUAGAAGUGAUGCGGACCUUUCAUUGCUGACCAUUGAUCCGAGUCAAGCUAAAGACACCGGCAAUUACACUUGCACAGCCACAUCAAGAGGGCGCUCCAGUGCCUACACAGCCACGCUGACGGUUCACGCUCCUCCCCAAUGGAACACAGUACCCGAUGAAACCGCGGUUCCUGAAGGCGGUAAUGUGUCUCUCACAUGCAAGGCAACGGGAAGCCCCCUGCCGCAAAUUGACAUCCGCAAGGCAGAUGUUAGUGCCAGUAUGCUAACAUCAAGAGGCGUCGCAGUGGUCAACAUUUCGAGGGCAACCAGAAAAGAUGCCGGUCCAUAUAUCUGCACUGCAUCCAAUGGUUUCGGGGAACCUCUCGCGAAGACGUUUCAUAUUAGGGUGUACGUCCCUGCCAGAUUCGAGGAGAAAUUCAAAGUCCAGACAGUGCGCCGUGGAGAAGGAGCCACGCUGCAGUGCCACGCUAUCGGAGACAAGCCUCUGGAAGUGACAUGGCUUCAGGAAAAGAAGCAACUCAGAUUCAUCCCUCACACCAGGUACGAACGGUUCGAGACAAGUACAGAGUCCGGCGUUUCGUCAGAACUGGUGAUCCCAACAACAGAGCGAAGUGAUGCGGCUCUUUAUACUUGCGCCGCGAAAAACGAAUACGGGUCGGAUGAAAGAAACAUCAAACUGCUGGUCGUUGAGGUUCCAGCACAGCCCCUGGACCUUCGUAUCCUGGAAGUAUGGAGCCGCAAAGUAAGCGUUAUUUGGGCAGAGCCCUACAGCGGGAACAGCCCCAUCACGAACUACGUCGUACACUACUGGAGAGAUAAAGUGGGUCCACACCGGCUGCAUGAAGAGACGGUGUCCAGCACGCAGACCGCCGCCGUCAUUGGAGAACUUCAUCCGGGAACAUCGUACGCCCUGACGAUAACGGCUGAAAACGAGGUUGGACAAGGAGCACCCUCAGAUGCGUUGCACUUUGUCACCGCUGAAGAAGAGCCAGGAGGCCCUCCGACAGACGUGUGGGCUACAGCCAAAGGACCAACUUCCAUUGGUGUCUCCUGGAAGCCUCCACCGCGGGAACUUUGGCACGGCCAGCUCAAGGGCUACUACGUGGGCUACAGACCAGCAGAGUCCAGUCAACCGUACUCCUUCAAGACCGUUGAUCGCGUCACAAACGACACGCAGGAAGUUACCUUGGUUGGACUGACCAAGUCUUCAAGGUACAGCGUCAUCGUCAAAGCACAUAACGCAGCGGGCACAGGGCUGCCCUCGGAGCCGCUCGUCGUACGCACGCUUGACGGAGACGUACCGCAACCGCCAGCACUUGCACUCAUGUCGACGUCCGACUCUUCCAUCAAGUUAAAAUGGUCACACGCCAAGGCGACCACGGCUCCAAUCACGGGAUACACCCUACACUAUAAGAAAGGAAGUGGCCCUUGGCACCACAUACCCGUGGUGGCUUCCGAUGAUACCACGUACACACUAAGCGACCUGGACGGAGCUUCCACGUACCAUGUCUACCUCACCGCAUCCAAUCAGUACGGGCAAGGAAGCGGAGGUGAAGCUAUCGUCAUCAACACGCGACAACAAGAUCCUUCACUAAAGUGGGUGUUUUACAAGGACCCCUCCCUUGUGGUACCCGCCGCGUCACUCCUCAUUGCGCUGCUCGUUGUCAUCACAGUUAUCACAGUCUGCAUUAAGAAGACUAGGGCCCACAAGAAUUUCGAGAAAUCCGCACUCGCAGCAGAGAAACGUCACAGUAACUACGGGCCCGGUCCUGACACACAGCAGCGCUACAUCGAUGUCCAGGAGAAGUCUGGCUCGAGGGCGGAUGCAGUCAGCAUCUCUUCGUACGCUACCAUCCAGAGCAGACGAAGUCUAUCGGGCACUUACAAAAUGGAGGAACUACGGGGUGGUGGCGGCGGCGGGCUCACUUCGAAACACCACACGACAGAGAGGAAGCACAGAAGAAAUUCGUCGCUGAGAUCGUCCCACGUUUACGACAGUGCUACGUAGAAAUCUCCAAAAGGCUAUUUGUCAUAGCGUGAUCCUCUCUAGUCUCUUCAAUUCGCAGGUGAACACCGUGAAAAAUCAUGUUACGGUUCUGAUUCUGCUGCAAAGCUACAGGGGCGCGCUUUUCAAUUAGCUCAUCCGAUCGAGGCACCGAGCUUAUCGAAAGCAUGCGCCACAAUUAUCGUAUAAAACGUUAUAUAUGCGGACCCCCAAUUCGCAAAUAGUAAGCAAAAAUAAACAAACAAAUAAAUAAAACAGAGAGAGAGAUGAAAAAGUUUUUACAAAUACAAACAAAAAAGUGGCAACCUGACUUCGAUCUCGGUUAGAAAUUCGAUCGAGAAUUGGGGAGGGGGGGGGGCAGCAAAAUAACGCAGCACAAGCGAUAACCACAACCGAAAACCACAAGGAGAAAAAGAAGAUGGCUGCGUGUGUCACCCAUUGUUGCGGAACUGGUAGCGUUGUCUGCCAGUAUCUGGAGCGUAAGACGAGGAUCAACAUUUUCUGCCACAUUUUUGAGGCGAAAAAAAAAAAAAAGAGAACGAAAUGGAGUUCAACCUAUGUACCGGUAUAUACGUUAGUUAAUGCUAUCAUGUCGGAUGAUCCAAUAUGAAGUGUUUGUGACCUAAUUGUGUUGGAUUUCAUUUUUAUGGUACGACUUUGGUAUGACAAAUGUAUGUUCGUUAGACAUUGUUAUUUGGACAUAAUGCCGUUUAAAACGGAACACGGACACAUUCCACCGCAUUCUUCUUCUGCAUCCAUCGCAAGUGUAUUUACUUCACCCGUGCCGCACUCAUUUUUUUCACAAAUAUUGCUCUCUUUAGAGAUGUGAAUUAUAGAGCCUGUACACGUACCCCUCCCAUUCUGGAAUGCUACUAUAUUGUACUUACGCCUAGAAUGUAGUACCAUACUGAAAGUGAACACUGCUGCAAGAUUAUAGAGUUAGGGUGGUAUACUUUGAAGAAGUCAAAGAGAUAGAUUGUUAUCACAAAACAGACGACGCGUUGGCCUUGAAAUCCAACGCCUGCAGGCAUAUAAAACAGAACUAUAAACAGUUAAAAAUGGUAGUACAUGUAUAUUGCAAAAUAUCUUCAUCCUGCUUUUAAAGGAGCAGAUAAGGGCUAGAAAUAAAAAAAAAUAAGAAAACGACAUGUCAGGAGGAGUAGCAAUUAGGAUUAGCGCACAUUCGUGCAACAUUAGUGCACAAAGAGGACGAUUGCACAGCGCAAUCCCGGUGCGCAAGAAAGCUUCUAAUUUCGUGGGUCAGCAAAGCGGCAGCGAGUCUGUGACGUCAUCUCAUCUACCCAAUAGCGAGGCGCGCGCCUUCUUUUAUCUUUCUUUUCGCGGUUGUAUUCGGCGCCGUGCGUCUCGCGUCUGACACAGAGCAGUCGACCGUAUACGCCUUGCUUACGCAGAGUAGCAGGCGAUUCUCGACGGCCAAUAAAAUUUGUCGGAUGAGCUGACGUCAGAAUAAGCCCGAAUGAACUUGUAGGGUUCACCGCCGUCUGCACGUUGUUAAGCGUUAUUGACGUUUAAACUAGCGCAACGUUCUAAGCCGAUUAUGCAAAUAAAACAUACAUUAUCGUAAACUAAUUUUCUAAAGAAAUGCGAAAAACGUGCCCCUUUAAAGAGUGAAGAUAAAACGUUAUCAAAAUAUUCUAACAAAAAACACUGCCAUUUCAAUACAAGGAUGAAGCUCACUGCUAGGCAAAGGAUGGAUCGCUCUCGAAAAUUAAUAUUGUUACCAGCUGUCAAUACUCCCUAUCACAUUCACAGCCAUCUCGUUCGCUAAAUUAUUUCGAAACUCAUAAACAUCACCGUGCGUCGGAUUCCUUGCUGGACGUGAAUUGUACAUCUGCGCGUGCCAAAUUUCGCUAUAUGUGAUACAGUUCAUGCACCCAGUUUCUAGUGGCGAUAUAGCAGCAAUCCCAUCGUACUUAGUAGCAGCUUGGGCAGAUAACAUAUAGAAAAAAAGAGCAGAACACUUAAGCUCCGCGACGCUGAUAUACAUAUUACGAUUAAAGGAAUGUGGUUGAUAAAAAGGCCACAGGAGGAGAACUCAAACCUACACCCUCCGGUUGCGGGUCAGACGUGCCACCUAGCUGAGGUUGUGCUACCGACACAAUUAUAAAUACCCAGAUCUUUGCUCAGACGCAUGGGGACACGCUCUCACAUCUUAACCACUCUCUUUUGCAUUUUGUUAAAAGUCUCUGACAAUCGGAGGGUGUUUGAUCGAGUCUCAUUACUGUAGUACUUUCCAUAACUACAGUUCUUUCAGGUUUUUAUUAUCAUCACCUGAUAUUUACGGCGUACAUUGAUAAGAGAACUGAGAGGGCAAGUCCUGGAGGUCAAGCCUCUAAUUGUUGUGUGCCGAUCACAUCGGCAUAUUCGUAGGGUUCUUCGUUUUCGGGUUAAACCCGGGUUAAGUUUCCAAGAAUUCGGGUGAAACACGAUAUGUAUCCGAAAUCCUUGCGGUCCUUCAAGUCCUUCUACUUGUCGUUCGAGGUAAACCGUCGGAAAAGUGAAUAACAAUAUCAGCAAAGAGAGCUAUUUGUGACAACCUAUUUGUCCUCCUUUUAUAAUCCCCUCCUGCUGGAGUCAAAGACAAGCUUUUAUGGAAUUCGGGCAAGUGUUUGAAUACCGCGGUCAUUCAGUGACCCCAGUUCAGAGAGGAAAUAGAUUCUUGUUUCUCGUCCCAGUGUCACAGCAGUGGCUUGUUUCAUAUGCCAUUCGUUUCACCCGAAAAUUCCCCGAUGACAUAUCAAACAGAUCGUAGCGCCCGAUUUCUCCCCGAAUUCUCGUGUGUAAAGAGCACCCGAUUUGUCCCUCUCGAGUUUGAAAAAUCAUAAAACCCGAAAUCGAAGAACCCUACACAUUCGCAGUAUUCCGCAAUGAUCGUGGAGCACUGUAUUGUAAGCAUAGUACAGCACGCAGGUACAAUGCAAACCGUAAGUAUAGUACAAUGCAGGGAACAGGGUUGCCUGCAGACAUGUUGAUGUUAGUGUAUUGCUGAAUGGACGUCAGUUUUGAAAUGGUUAAAGAUGCCGUUGUAACCAGCGCAAAGGAUGACGACAUAUGUUACUGUGACGGUUUGUUGCUCAAUUUCUCUUACCUUUUCCAACUUCUUUGUAUGCUGCUGGUGCGAAUAAAUACAUUUUGAACGACAGA